UGGCGAGGUUGUCGUGAGGAACGGGAGGGCUUCGGAUAGCGACACGCACAUCCAAGACACGCGAGAUGUCUUUUGGAGGUACCCGCUGGCUCCCAGCAAUCCCUUGGCACUCCUGCCCAUGGCACCUCGCCCGGGGCCCCCCGACCGAGCGGCCUGGACCGUGGCCGACCUGCUGCGGUUCUCUCCCCCGCCCUGCUCCCCGCCGCCCCCGCCACGACGCCCGCUUUGGAGCCGCUACCGCCUGUCGGAAAGCAUGAAGGGCCUGCUAGUGGCACUCCUGGGGGGCGGCGUCCCGGCCGGCUUCGUGGCGCCGUUCACCCGAAUGGCCAACGAGGCCUCCGGCAUCCCUUCGCUGGAGAUCCUCCUCUUCCGCUGCAUCCUGCACCUCCUCUUUGCGUGCUACCUGCGUUGCCAGAAGGCUCCUUGCUUCGGGCCGCCGGAGGCCCGCCAGCGGACGGUCCUCCACGCCUCCAUCAACGUCAUCUCAAUCGGCUGCGCCUACAGCUCCUUCAUGGUGGUGCCCAGCGGGAACGCCGCAACCGUCCGCAAGGGCUCGUCGACCAUAUGCUCCGUCCUGCUGGCGCUGUGCAUCGAGAACGGCAGCCUGACGGGCUACGACUGGUUCGGGUUGGUGGGCAGCACCCUGGGCCUGAUCAUCAUGGUAGUGCCCGACCUCCUGGACCUCGACAAGAGCACGCAGCUGUACGACACGUUCGGCUAUGCCCUGGCCUGCCUCGGAGGGAUGGCGCUGGCGCUGGGGCUGGUCAUCUUCCGGGCCCUGGACUUCCCGGCCAAGCUGGUGACAGUGGCCUUCCUCUUCGGCGUGGUGGGAAGCCUGGUCUGCUCUCCGGCCAUGUUCCUCCUCCAGCAACCCGUCAUGCCCCUCGACCCCCUGACCUGGACUUGCGUGGCGGCCAUCAGCUUUCUGGCGUUGGUCUCCUUCCUGUGUGCCAGCUACGCCGUCACCAAGGCGCACCCGGCCCUGGUGUGCGCCGUGCUGCACUCCGAGGUGGUGGUGACGCUGGCGGUCCAGUACUACGUCCUGCGCGAAGCCGUCACGCCCUUUGACAUCAUGGCGGGGGUCAUUCUCGGAAGCAUAGUCAUCAUCACGGCCCAGAACAUCAGCUGUGACGCGGCCGAAGAGGACGAGGACGCCAGCGUCCAACUGAAGGACAGCACAUAGCCGCGGCGAGGCACAAGGUUCGAGCAGACUCCAGGAGGACGGACCGGAAGCAGGGACCUUCCAAAGGACCGGCCAGCGAGGGCGUCGCAGCUUUAAACUCCGCCUGCCCGCCCCCAACGGACAAGAUGGUGGUGAGGCUUUGGACGAGGUAGCUGUCCGUUGCCUUUUGGACAUCUGGGUGGAAAACGGCCCCAAAACCUUUUCUAAGGAAAGGCCAGCGGACUUGGCUGGGACAGCUGCUGGGUUGCCUGCUUCUCAGAAAGCGGGUUCAGGGAAAUGCCUAAGCCUGUGGUUUUGGUUUGAUUUUUUAUUGAGCAUUACGAUUUUUUAUCGUCACGAUAUCAAUCACAUCCAAAGGGGGGGGGAAUACAUUUCCCAUGUUUCCCCCUCCCGUCACGACUUCCCUAAACUUCGUGUGUGUUUUUUUACAUAUUAACUUCUCUUGCUUGCUUAUAACUUGCUUAUAAGGUUUUUACAAUAAUAAUUAUUGUUCUCUUAUCAUUUUAGCAUCAUCAUCAUCAUAUUUUCCGUAUUUAUUCUGUUAAUUGUGUUUGGUCGAAACUUGCUAGUGAGUCCAUUUCUUUAGAUUGUUUCUUUAGGUGUGUCGUAAAGGUUUCCCAGUCUUUCUUGAA